AUGGGACUAUCAGCUUCAAAACGAGUCAGAAACUCACUUACCAACUCGCCCGAAUUUGACUCAGCCUGCAAUUCAACCUUCUCCCACUGCCUUGCCCUAACACAGCACGCAUACAACGGCGUUUUCCCCUAUCAACUCUGCACCGCCGCCGACCACCUUCACCACCUCCUCACCGUCGUCCAGCCGCAUCCACUAAUCACCAACUGGCUUCCCUCUCCCCCGACUCGUCUCCAAGUGGACUCAGCACUACGAGCCGUCAAUCGCGAUGACUCGGAUUGUGAAGGCGAAACACUAGGACUGAUCCGGUUUCAGCGUUGGGCGAUUGAACUAUUCGCAGAGGCUGUGGUGAAGAACGUGGGAAAGAAAGUGAUGGUUCGAGUUCCGAUGGGAAUUGCCGGAAUCGCCGGAAUCGGCGCCGUGACUCGGUCUGGAAAGGAUGUGGUUGGAGCUGUGGUUGCAGUGUACGCGCUCGGCGUUGCCACUUCGAUAUAUCUCAGCUUAUCGGGAUAGUAACGUGAGAUCGUUUCUAUUUUGGUUCAUUUUGGUUUAUCACUCAAUAGAAGAGACUUUUGUACGGAUGACUCUUUUAGCAAUCGAUGAUCCGCUCCACUUUUUUACAAAUAUACGAAUUCCAGCACUUAUUUGUCAA